AUGUCCACCACCACCACCACUACCAAGUUCACCCCCGACCAGAACCGCGCCGUCGUCGCGCGCUACUUCACCGAGUACUGGGCCAAGGGCAACGUCGACAUUGUCGACGAGCUCUGCGUCAAGGACUACCUCAUCCACUACCCGAUGCACGGGCCGGUCCACGGCCGCGAGGCGUCCAAGAAGAUGCUUAACGACUUCCGUGCGUCGUUCCCCGACCUCACGUUCUGGGCUGUCGGUCCCCUCAUCGCCGAGAACACUCCCGAGGGCGACUUUGUCGUUGGCCGCUGGGACGGCGGCGGUACCCACACCGGCCCCGCCUUCGCCGACUUCGCUGUCGGCAAGCUUGACACCGCGAACACGGGCAAGACGAUCCGCUUCACCGGCACGAGCGUGUUCCGCCUCGAGGGCGGCAAGAUUGUCGAGGAGAUCGGCGAGGAGGGUGCCCUCCGCGCUGUGUCCCAGCUCGGCUUUGUCCCCGAGCUUCGCUGGACCUAAGCGUAUCUGCCGCGGGAGGAGCAGAGGGCAGAGUCGGUGCACCUGUAUCAGGGCACGUACUAUUCACGGGCGCGAUUGAGUACAUAGUGU